AUGAUGAGGGAAUUUACUAAGCAAAGAAAUCUGUUAAGGCCUGCAAAGACAAGAUUCUCCACUGCUUUUAUCACACUUUCAUCCAUUCACAAACAACAAGAUAACCUAAGAAAGAUGUUCACCUCUCAAGAAUGGAGAACUAGUAAAUGGGCUAAGGAACCUGGAGGGAAAAGAGCUGCUGAUACCAUUUUGAUGCCUUCCUUUUGGAAUGGAACUGUGUAUGCAUUAAAAUUAAGUGGUCCUCUAGUUCGUGCACUUAGGUUGGUUGAUGGAGAGAGAAAACCUGCCAUGGGAUAUAUAUAUGACGCAAUGGACCGCGCUAAAGAAGCUAUUUCAACAUCAUUCAAUGGUAAUGAGUCCAAGUACUCUCAAGUUUUUGAGAUGAUCGAUAAGAGAUGGGAGUGUCAACUACAUCGCCCUUUACAUGCUGCUGGACACUUCUUGAACCCUGAGUUUUUUUAUGACAACCCUCAAAUUGAAGAAUGUGAAGAAGUGGUAAGUGGUUUGUAUGAAUGUGUUCUAAGGUUGGUCCCGGUCGUUGAAAAGCAAGAUAAAAUUAUGCAAGAGCUUACAUCUUACAAGGAAGCACAUGGUUUGUUUGGUAAUCCAAUGGCUAUUAGACACAGGAAAAGCAAGGCUCCAGCUGAAUGGUGGGCGUGUUAUGGUACUUCGACACCUACUUUACAACAUUUUGCCAUAAAGAUUUUAAGCCUUACAUGUAGCGCGUCAGGAUGUGAGAGAAACUGGAGCACAUUUGAGCAUAUUCACACCAAGAAGAGGAAUAGGCUCACACAAGCUCGACUAAACUCCUUGGUGUUUGUUAAAUAUAAUCGGGCAUUGCUUGAACGAUACAAGUUGCGUGAUAAAAUUGACCCAAUAGCUUUGAAAGAUAUUGAUGAUUCUAAUGAAUGGUUGACUGGGAGGACAGUAGAAGAUGCUGAAGAUGAUUUGGUAUUUGAGGAGGAAGAGGGUCUUACAUGGGGACAAGUUGCUAGUGCUUCUGGAGUACAUGAAGAAAGAUUUAACUUUAGAUCAAGAGAAAGUAGGCUUGGAGGAGGUGAUGUCAAUACAAGUGGGGUUAGUACACAAAGGCAUACCAUAAGGCAAGAAGAGGAAGAAGAAGAAGAAGAAGAAGAAUACGACGAUGAAGGCUAUCAGUCACUGGAUGGAGAUGAUUUGGAGGGUGAUGCUGUUUUUAUAGCUGAAGAUGAUGAUAUAAUAUGA